UGUAGUAAGUUAAAUAAAAAAAAAUCUUGUUAAAGUGAUGACAUUAAAGAAAAUCGUGAAAAUGUCAACAAAAUCUCAGAUAUCUACAGAAUUAAGCGAGAGUAUUGGUAAUGUACUAGGGAAAAAUGCCAAAAUACUCUAUAAAUCACUUAUUCGUAUGGAGUCAAGAGGUGAUAAAGUUGAUAAUCGUGUAUUGGUUGUUACAGCAUUUAGGGUAUUCAUAACAACAACUAAAAUACCAACAAGGAUUGACAAUGGAUUUCACUUGAUGGAAAUAGAAGCUCUAGAGAGUAAGAAGGCGAAUCAUUUAUCAAUAACAUUAAUUCAUGAACACAAGCCAGUCUCAAUCCUUAUUGGCGAGGAAGGAACUUCCGAAGGCGUUAUUAAUGCAAUACACGCGCUUAUAGCUGCGUUUGAUGACUUAUUUCCAAAUGUAGCUAUGGAGGACAUCGUUACCAAGGUUAAUUUACCAUUCCCGUUGCAACCAGUUAGCGGUACUCGAAAACAUUCCACUUGUGGUGAUUUUUCUAACCAAUAUGCAGCCAUGUGCGAUCUCUGUCAAACCCCAUUCAGGGCUGAAGUUGCGUGGGAUAUUGAUACAAUAUAUUUGGCGCACGACAUUAGGAUGCUUCAUUUAAAAGAUUUUGACCAUUUGGAUCAGAGGGACCUGAUCCCGCUGGUGAUGGCGCUGCAGCACAACACGUGGUUCGAGGGCGUGUGCGGCGACGGCGUGCGCGUGGGCGGCGAGGCGUGGGAGGCGGUGGCGCGGCUGCUGCGCGCCGCCGCGCCGCCGCCGCGCCGCCUCAGCUGGCGCGCCGCCGCGCUGCGCCACGACCACGCCGCGCGCCUGGGCCACGCGCUGGCGCGCGCGCGCCUGGCGCCCGCGCUGCACUCGCUCGACCUCUCGCAGAACCACAUCGAGGACAAGGGCGCAAUAAGCGUGCUGACGGGGCUGGGCAACAACCCGGACGGGCUGCGCCACGUGGCGCUGGCGCAGUGCGGGCUGACGGGCAAGGCGGUGGCGCACCUGGCGGCCAUGCUCAACGACAGCCCCGCGCACCUCGCCACGCUGGCGCACCUCGACCUCUCGCACAACAACCUCAAGGACGACGUGCACAAUCUGUAUAACUUUCUAGCUCAACCAAAUGUAUUAACACAUUUGAAUUUGACAAACACUGAAACCACCUUGGAAAAUAUGUGGGGCGCGCUGCUGCGCGGCUGCGCGGCGCGGCUGGGCACGCUGCUGCUGGCGCGCAACCCCUGGUCGGCGGCGCGGCGCCCGCGCGACCCGCCGCCCUCCUUCCGGCAGUUCUUCACCGCCUGCCUCGCGCUCACCGACCUCGACUUCUCCUACUGCAAGAUGCCGCCCGACGCGCUCAAGAGUUUAUUGCUGGGGUUGGCGUGCAACGAGAGCGCGGCGGGCGUGAAGCUGAACCUGGCGGGCGCGCUGGCGUCGUCGCAGGCGGCGCACGUGCUGGAGUCGUGCGUGCACGGCGUGCGCUGUCUGCAGGCGCUCGACCUCUCCGACAACAGUAUGGAAUUAGAAUUAUCAGGAAUAGUGAGGGCGAUAGGAAAAAAUCAUUCAAUUACACAAUUAUCGUUAAGCAAAUUGGUUGGAAAGAGAUCGUUUGCACCACCGUUAAUUCAGGCCUUAGUCCACGUGUUACAAGAACCCGACACAACUCUGACUAAUUUAGAUCUCAGUGAUUGUAAACUAAAGAGCGACCUGUACGGUUUGCUGAACGCGCUGGGCGGCGCGCGGCGCCUGCGCGUGCUGGACGUGGGCGGCAACCUGGCGGGCGACGCGGGCGCGCGCCUGCUGGCCAAGGCGCUGCAGUGCAACUGCACGCUGCACACGCUCUACCUCGACCGGAACGCCUUCAGCUUGCAAGGUCUGACGGACAUCGCGACGGCGCUGCGGCGCUCGGUGAGCGUGCGGCGCGUGGAGUUCCCCGGCUGCGACGCGGCGGCGGGCGGGCGCGGCGCCUCCGAGCGCGUGGCGGCGCUGUGGCGCGACCUGCACGAGCGGCUGGCGAGCAACAGCGGCGCGGGGCAGGGCGGGCGGGUGCGCGCGCUGGCGCUGGAGCGCGCGUGGGCGGGCGGCGAGGCGGCGGCGGCGCUGGCGGCACAGGCGGCCGCCGCGCUGCCGCCGCCGCCGCUGCCCGCCGCCGUCGAGCGCGCCGCCGCCGCCGCGCACCACCUGCUGCACCAGUACCUGCAGAGGUGCAGCGAGGUGUUCGCUGCGAUGGGCGGUGGUGGUGGUAGCGGCGAGCUGGUGACGCUGCAGGCCGUGCGCGACGCCAUGGCGCCCUGCAACACCACGCUGCAGGAGCUGCUCAACGAAGCCGUAGAGAGGUUGGCGUUGUCUGCGUGUGAAAGUGUGGAGAGCGCGGAAAGUGAUCGUGGUGUUACAAUUGAUCCCGAGAUGCCUGAUUUGCUUUCACCUAUCUCUCAUUCUGGAGCGACGCCGCUGGGCGGGCGGCGGCGCGAGCGCGGGCGGCGCGUGCGGCCCAAGUCGGUGGCGGAGCAGCAGCAGUGCAGCAGCAACGAGAUGCUGUCGCUGCCGCCGCUGCACGCCGAGGCGGCCGACGCGCUCGCCGACCUGCCCGCGCACACGCUGCGACACCUCGUCAAGGGUCGACCGAGGCGAGUUAAAACUAGAGCACCGUCGCGACCCGUUACUGAUCAAUCACAGGACAUCGAUGAAGGUCUGGACGAGUUCUGGCGCACGUGCCGCACGCCGCCCGGCAGCGAGGAGGCGUCGCUGUCGGCGCGCACGCCGCUCACGUCGCGCUCGCUGCACUCGCUGUCGUCGCUGGCCUCCGCCUCGCCCGCCUCGCCCGCCUCGCCCUCGCCGCUGCGCCACUCGCCCACGCUGCGCCGCGACGACACCAUGUAUAGCGUUACAUCUGGCGAGAGUACGCCGGUUCUUCUAGAAUGUGAAGUAUCUCGAUGCAAAUCUUCUGACAACGUCGGUGCUAAAGCAGCGCCCACCACCCCUCCGCCGUCGAGAUCGUCUGAUAACGUCAACACUAUAGGCAACGGGUGCGCGCGCGGCGGCGGCAAGGCGCGGCCGUGGUCCGUGGCCGGCGGGAACGCGGACAGCGCCGCGCUGUGCACCACAGAGGGCGUGGAGGCGUGCGUGGGCGGCAGCAUCGUGGGCAUCACCCCCGGCGCCGCAUUAACCAGUUCAAUGAUGCGCGAUCAUCCUUUAACUCCAGAAGACCCGUAA